CAGUGAUGUCUGCUUUCUCCACCAGGUGUGCUGUGAUCACAAGGAUCUCGCCAGGUGCCGUCGCCGAGUUCAGCUGCAACGGGAUGGACGGCCGCUACGUGAACAUCGUCAUCCCGGACAGAGAAGAGUUCCUGACUCUGUGUGAGGUUGAGGUGUACGGCUCACGACUGCUGGAAGAAAGCGUUUGCUUUGUCUACACGUCCAGAAUGAUGAAACUGAGUGUUUUCCUUCUGCUGCUCCUGCCGGCGAUGAGCUCGACAUACACUUACAAAAACUUGGCCUUGCGUGGAAAAGCCACCCAGUCAGUGCGUUAUUAUCACAUACUGGCAGCUGCCUCCAAUGCAAUCGAUGGAAACCGUGACUCGACCUUCUCGCACGGCUCGUGCACACAUACUGUGGAGGAGAACAACCCCUGGUGGAGAGUGGACCUGCUGGAGUCCUACAUCAUCACCUCCAUCAUCGUCGUCAACAGAGGAGACUGCUGUGAGCACCGGAUCAACGGGCUGAGGAUACACAUAGGCAACUCUUUGACCAACAACGGUUUAGGAAACCCAAAGGUUGGUACAAUUGCUUCAGCUGAUCUGGGAGAAGCAGUCACCGUGCGUUUCACUGAUCGUGUUGAAGGACGUUAUGUGACUUUGGCGCUAUCUGGAUCCCCAGAGUACCUUACGCUCUGUGAGGUGGAAGUCUACGGGUACCCUGCCCCAACUGAAGAGAAUCUUGCACCACAAGGAAAAGCCACACAGUCGUCGCUGUAUUCAUUUGGCGUGGCAGGAAAUGCCAUAGAUGGGAAUCGUGCCAGUAAGUGGGAAAGCGGCUCCUAUCAAAUCAGGGUUUGGAAGCUUCUUCUUUGUGAAAUCAUCAGACUCCUGGAAGAAAGCAUUUGCUUUGUCUGGACGUCCAGAAUGAUGAAACUGAGUGUUUUCCUUCUGCUGCUCCUGCUGAUGACGAGCUGGGCUUCCACUCACAAAAACUUGGCCUUGCGUGGAAAAGCCACCCAGUCCACGCGUUACGAGCACGUACUGGCAGCUGCCUCCAAUGCAAUCGAUGGAAACCGUGACUCGACCUUCUCGCACGGCUCGUGCACACAUACUCCUGAGGAGGACAAACCCUGGUGGAGAGUGGACCUGCUGGAGUCCUACAUCAUCACCUCCAUCAUCGUCGUCAACAGAGGAGACUGCUGUGAGCACCGGAUCAACGGGCUGAAGAUCCACAUAGGCAACUCUUUAACCGACAACGGUUUAGUCAACCCAGCGGUUGGUACAAUUGCUUCAGCUGGUCUGGGAGAAGCAGUCACCGUGACUUUCACUGAUCGUGUUGAAGGACGUUAUGUGACUUUGGCGCUAUCUGGAUCCCCAGAGUACCUUACGCUCUGUGAGGUGGAAGUCUACGGGUACCCUGCCCCAACUGAAGCGAAUCUUGCACUCCAAGGAAAAGCCACGCAGUCGUCAUUGUUUUCAUUUGGCAUUGCACUAAACGCCAUAGAUGGGAAUCAAGACGGCAAGUGGGAAAGCGGCUCCUGCUCACACACGAACAGCGAGCUCAACCCCUGGUGGCGACUGGAUCUGCUCAAAACACAUAAAGUGUUUACCGUCAAGGUGGCCAACAGAGAUUCUUUCUCAGAACGACUCAAUGGAGCCGAGAUCCGCAUCGGAGAUUCUCUCCAGAACAAUGGCAACAACAACGCCAGGUGUGCUGUGAUCACAAAGAUCCCCGCAGGCACCGUCGUUGAGUUCAACUGCAACGGGGUGGACGGCCGCUACGUGAAUAUCGUCAUACCUGGCAGAGAAGAGUACCUGACUCUGUGUGAGGUUGAGGUGUACGGCUCACGGCUGAAUUAAGACCUACACGUACUCAAAAAAAAAUAAAAUAAAAUCAUAGCUUAAGCUUCAGUAUGAGCAGAAAAAAUGUAACAUACAGGGAAACAAAAGGGCCCAAUUUGAACUCACUGAAUUUAUUGACUCGGUGAAUCCCCAGACGUUUUUCCUCUACGACUGUGGGAUUUUAUCUUAGAGUUGUGUAAAUGCCAUUGAGGCCCUGUGUUGGUUCUGAUGUGUCAGGUUUUUAGCCCACAGCUUGGUGAAAUAAAAAACAUUUUGACAAUUCAUACAAUAUAAUACUUUGGAAGAUAAAUAUAGUGCAAUUCUAGGAGCUCGUCUCUUCCCACAGCUGAUUGUAUAACUCCAAUGCCAGUCUGCCUACCUUGUAUUUUAUGUUUCAGCUCCGAACGCUGUUGAUGAGUUUUAACGCUGAACUGUUCAUCGAUGUAUCGUCACUACACCUGCUGCAGCAUAAAUCUCUGUCUACAACACCUGAAAUACUAUUAAAUCAUUUAUGCAGCCA